UUUAAUUGCAACACUAAUAUUGUCUAUGGUCUACAGGUAUUUGACGGCUAGCUAGAACAUCCGGCCCUCGAACGGGUCCUUUUUCAAGCGUACGCCAUUGCUGGCGUAUGGUAGUUUAUUUUAUUGAAAGAAAAAUCAAAAACCAUCCAAAAUGGUGAAUUUCACUGUAGACGAGAUCCGCACGAUGAUGGACAAGAAGCGGAACAUCCGCAACAUGUCCGUUAUCGCCCACGUCGACCACGGCAAGUCGACCCUCACCGACUCUCUGGUGUCCAAAGCCGGUAUCAUCGCCGGAGCCCGCGCCGGAGAGACCCGCUUCACCGACACAAGGAAGGACGAGCAAGACAGAUGUAUCACCAUCAAGUCCACUGCCAUAUCUAUGUUCUUCGAGCUAGAGGAGAAAGACUUGGUGUUCAUCACAAACCCCGACCAGCGUGAGAAGAACGAGAAGGGUUUCUUGAUCAACCUGAUCGACUCACCUGGGCACGUUGACUUCUCAUCUGAAGUGACGGCUGCUCUCCGUGUCACUGAUGGAGCUCUUGUCGUGGUGGACUGCGUUUCUGGUGUGUGUGUACAAACUGAAACCGUACUGCGUCAGGCCAUCGCCGAGCGCAUUAAGCCAAUCCUGUUCAUGAACAAGAUGGACCGUGCUCUGCUUGAGCUGCAGCUGGAGUCUGAGGAGCUGUACCAAACCUUCCAGCGUAUUGUUGAGAAUGUGAACGUCAUCAUCGCCACCUACUCUGAUGACAGCGGUCCCAUGGGUGAAGUGCGCGUGGACCCUAGCAAGGGAUCUGUCGGUUUCGGUUCCGGCCUCCACGGCUGGGCCUUCACCCUCAAACAGUUCUCCGAGAUGUACGCCGACAAGUUCAAGAUCGACCUCGUCAAGCUCAUGAACAGACUGUGGGGUGAGAACUUCUUCAACCCCCAGACCAAGAAGUGGGCCAAGCAGAAGGACAACGACAACAAGCGUUCGUUCUGCAUGUACGUGCUGGACCCCAUCUACAAGGUGUUCGACGCCAUCAUGAACUUCAAGAAGGACGAGAUCGACAGCCUGCUCAAGAAGCUCGGCGUCACCAUCAAGCACGAGGACGCUGACAAGGACGGCAAAGCGCUGUUGAAGGUGGUGAUGCGUUCGUGGUUGCCCGCUGGUGAGGCCCUGCUUCAGAUGAUUGCCAUCCACCUGCCCUCGCCUGUGGUCGCCCAGAAAUACCGUAUGGAGAUGUUGUACGAAGGUCCUCAUGAUGAUGAGGCCGCUAUUGGUAUCAAGAACUGCGACCCCGAAGCACCUCUCAUGAUGUACGUGAGCAAAAUGGUACCGACCUCGGACAAGGGUCGUUUCUACGCGUUCGGCCGUGUGUUCUCCGGCAAGGUGGUCACCGGACAGAAGGCGCGCAUCAUGGGCCCCAACUAUCAGCCCGGCAAGAAGGAGGAUCUGUAUGAGAAGACCAUCCAGCGUACCAUCCUCAUGAUGGGUCGUUAUGUGGAGGCCAUCGAGGAUGUGCCCUCUGGUAACAUCUGUGGUCUGGUCGGUGUUGACCAGUUCCUUGUCAAGACUGGAACCAUCACCACCUUCAAGAACGCCCACAACAUGAAGGUGAUGAAGUUCAGCGUGUCGCCCGUCGUGCGUGUGGCCGUUGAGCCCAAGAACCCCGCGGAUCUGCCCAAGCUGGUGGAAGGUCUGAAGCGUCUGGCCAAGUCCGACCCUAUGGUGCAGUGCAUCAACGAGGAGUCUGGCGAGCACAUCGUUGCCGGCGCUGGAGAGCUGCAUCUUGAGAUCUGUCUUAAGGAUCUCGAAGAGGACCACGCGUGCAUUCCAAUCAAGAAGUCCGACCCUGUCGUGUCGUACCGUGAGACGGUCGGCGAGGAGUCUGACCAGAUGUGUCUGUCCAAGUCGCCCAACAAGCACAACCGUCUGUUCAUGAAGGCGCAACCCAUGCCUGAAGGUCUUCCCGAGGAUAUUGAUGAGGGCCACGUGAACCCACGUGACGACUUCAAGACUCGUGCGCGUUACCUGAGCGACAAAUACGAGUACGACGUGACUGAAGCCCGUAAGAUCUGGUGCUUCGGUCCCGAGGGCACCGGACCCAACAUCCUGGUGGACUGCACCAAGGGAGUGCAGUACUUGAACGAGAUCAAGGACUCCGUGGUGGCCGGUUUCCAAUGGGCCGCCAAGGAGGGAGUCAUGGCUGAGGAGAACUUGCGCGGUGUCCGCUUCAACAUCUAUGACGUGACGCUGCACACGGACGCCAUCCACAGAGGAGGCGGUCAAAUCAUUCCAACCACCAGGAGAUGCUUGUACGCGUGUCUGCUGACCGCGCAGCCGAGGCUCAUGGAGCCCGUGUACCUGUGCGAGAUUCAGUGCCCUGAAGUCGCGGUGGGCGGUAUCUACGGCGUGCUGAAUAGACGGCGAGGCCACGUGUUCGAGGAGUCUCAAGUGGCCGGCACACCCAUGUUCGUGGUGAAGGCGUACCUGCCCGUAAACGAGUCGUUCGGCUUCACCGCCGACUUGCGUUCCAACACCGGUGGUCAAGCGUUCCCGCAGUGCGUGUUCGACCACUGGCAGAUCCUGCCCGGUGACCCGUGCGAGGCUGGAUCCAAGCCCUACGUCGUUGUUCAGGAGACAAGAAAGAGGAAAGGAUUGAAGGAGGGUCUUCCCGACUUAAAUCAAUACUUGGACAAAUUGUAAAAGCCGUAGCUAAUACAAUCACCACUGUAAAAUAUUGUACCAUUUGUGAAGCGCUUAUUUGUUUUGUCACCGGGCGUUUAUUUUGUCGCGUACAGUGCGCCGGCGCAGCGACACGGCGUCGCAUGCAUCGUUGUAACAACCCAACCACAGUGAUACUAGGUUUACGUGUCACCAUUAAAUAAAUAAAUAUUAUACAACAUUACCCAUUCUUUGAUAUGACAUUAUUAUUGUUAUCAUGGAUGUGUAGCGGGAUCCAAGGAUUUCUUUACUUGUAAUUAAUUUUUAAAUUAUAAUUUUUUCUAUUAUA